GGCCGAAAGUCCUGGGUUGGGACUGCAGUGGUCAACAAUAAUUAAACCAUUGUUAGACGCCUCGUAUUCUUCUUUUAACAAAAAUGAUAUUCCCGAAUUGACGAAAGCUAUAUUAAAAAGUGAAAAGGAUAUACUACACCAUGAUGACAGCUAUGAACCAUUUUAUUCAUCCUUUAUGGCCCUGUCCUCCCAUUUUCUUGGAGCAAGCACAAGUAACUUAUCAAAAUCAAACAUCAGUCAAGUUACGACAGCAUCCAGAGUUGUCAUGGAAUUUUUACUUUCCAGACUACAGACAAAGACAGAAAGUUGCACAAUAUCAGAGAAAUAUUUGAUGAUAUUAAUUAAAGGUCUAUGUAAAGGAAGUGGAUGUUUACCUAAAUGUGAUGUUGUGACCUUUACUUCUAUGUUAAAAUCUGCCAAAACACCGACAGUCAGACAAAUUACAGAGCAAUCAAAUGACUCUGAAGACCAAGACCAGAUAGACACAAAGAAAACCAGAUUAGACAAGGGCAGUAACCUCUUUAAUCAGCUUACAUCUGUUUUUGAUGAGAUAUCUGCUAUUUCACACAAACCCGAACCUCCUGUAGAGGUGGUUAAUGUUGAUGGCAACACUAUUAUACAUUUACCUGACUCUUCUGAAGAAAUCAGUCAUUUGGUUGGACAGAGAAAUAGACUGGCUUUAUUACAAUUAAAUGGAGCUGAAACUUUACUCAAUGCCUGUGUAGACUUGGUAUUUUUAGGAAAAUAUACUCAAAGAUAUAAAGAAGCAUGUGGUGGAAAAAACUUUGCUUUACCCACAACUUUAUGUGAAGCUCUUACAACCAGAAAUAGCUAUAUCUGUUUAUUGAGUGAUGUAUCGAUAGUAUGGAGAGCAUUUUCACUACCAAUGUUAGAACCAUUGACUACUGAAAGACUGGGUAAAAUUAUUGACGUAACAUUGGGAUGUUUAUAUGCAUCAAUGACUGUAGCCAUCUCUAAUACUAUCAAUAACAUGGUUAAGCCCGUAGCCAGUCAGCCAUCAGCCUCAAGAGAUGAAGAAAUAGAGGGCUAUGGCAUCAGUAUUGUUCAAAAAAGUUUGGAAAUAUUAAACACUGUAUCUGCUGCAGUUAAAAAUUCUACAAGAGCUGGUGGAAAUGUGGCCCAGAAUUUAAAUCUGUUGGCAACUUGGGUGUUAUUGAAGGGAUUUCAAAGUUUAUUAAGUCUAACACCAGCUGUGAUAUUAGAAAGAAAAGACUCAAUCAGAGGCAGAAGUCAAGAAAGUAGUCAAAAAACAAAGGAAAGCACAACACCAUCCAGACCAAGUUCUGGCAAAAGUACCUUCCAAGGUUUUGGUGUUUUAUCUGUUGCCCUUGGUUCCACCACAGCCUCACUAUUGACAAGUUUAUUAGAAGAUUUACAAGUAGAAGGUUCACCUGGUCCAUUAGAAAUGUCGUCGAAAACUGUUAAGACGAGUAUGGAUGUAUAUUCUUGUAUCACUAUGCCAUUGACAGCCUGGAAACGAGUGAGAAAACUCACCUCUACAAUUAAUAUAAUAGAUCUUUUAUUUAGUCUGGUAGCAGUGUCACUUAAAAAGGCUACCUUAUUAAAGAGAUUAAAACAUGGAUCAGAUAGUUCGGAAACAAGCAGUAGUAGUACAUCAGAUUCUAAUACUUUCUAUGAAGAUGAAUUUAGUAGUGAAGAUGAAAGUAGUGAUGAUGAUGAUCAAGACUCUAUGUUAGGUCAGUUAUUUCAAGAGACACCCCAAACUGAUACAACUAGUACUAACCCACCACCACCCCUACCACCAAGAGUUGAUAGUGGUUCUGAUAGUAAGAGAUCUAGACGUGUUAGUACUGGAGAUAGUUCUUAUUUAAUCCCUGAUAAACGGGAACCUGAUGGGUUUGUAAGCUUGGCAACCAGUAUAUUAAAUUUCAGUAACACAUACAUGAUAAAUUCAACUGAUGAACAAGUUAGAAAACUCUUCAGAAAAUCACUGAAUGAAGAACAUGCCAGUAGUUUGGCUACUUUAAUAAAGGAAUUAGAUAAAGAAUGUACUAAAUCAGGCACAGAUAAAGUAUUUGAUGGUAUAUCAGUGGCUCUAGCUAAGUUCAAUCAUAGUUUGAUAGCUACAGAAUGUCUGUCUGAAAACCUACAGGAUGUUUUGUUAAUUCAACUUGGGAUCAGUCCAUCAUCAGUUGACCCAUGGCCAUUAACUGUAUAUCCACGUACAUUAGCUGUACUAGCAGAAAUACUACUAUUAAAGCAACAGAAAGAAAGAGAAACAAAAUCUAUAACAUCAAACAGUGAUCGAGCCGUUGUUGAAAUAUGGAACAGAUUUUUGUCUACAUUGAAAAAUGCUGUUUGUAACUUUGAUAAUAAAAGUGAACAAUUUGAUGAUUUAAAUGUAGAACAUAUGCAGCUGUUACUAUUCCUGUUUCACAGUUUACCACUAAUGCAGAAGAAACAACUAUUAUUAAACAUUGCUCAAACUGUUAUUAGUGUAGCUGAAAAAGAUAAAGUUAAAUUAGAAGAAACUGUUCCCCUACCAUUGAGUAGAUUAAUGUUAAUAUUUGAAUAUAUGUUACAUUAUUUCUAUGAUCCACCAACAACUCUGAUGGAACAGGUACAGUGGAAUCUGUUUACAGUACAUACUAUACCCCCUGGUACUGAUAGAGAUGGUUGUAACUUAUCUAAAGCUACACAGUUCUUUCCUUGUCGAGAAGUUGAAGACAACUUUCGUAAAAAUCUCACACCACAAGAACUAAAUGAUGUUGGAUUAUUAAAACCAAGAUUCUACAACCUUGGACCUGGUGAUAUAAACAACCAAGAAGCCCCUAAAAUAGAUGGAUUUGCUUGUAGUUUCCUAUUAAGUAAUUCGGAUGUGUUAGAUUAUAAUCAGUUAUAUGAUGCUUGUAUAACAUUACUACUAGCUGGUUCAAGAUGUGAUAAAGUUAAAGACAAACUUACAUUUUUGGAUGGAUCGGCCAUGCACUACCAUUUCUUAUUAAUGUGGCGUCUGCUUGCCAGUUUACCCCCCUCUAUUAAAUAUUUAAAAUUAUUAGAAGAAAGUUCACUACAAAUAGGAAAUGGACAUAUUCUACACAAUUUACGUUGGGCACCAAGAUUAGGAAAUAAAAGUUUCAUAGGUUGGAUCACUGACUGUGUAGUUAAACAAGGACAUACAACUGUACAAGCUGAUAAGUUAAUAUCUAAUGCUAAUAAAGCAGCUAAUACUAUCAACUAUGAUGUUAGACUUGGUAUGAACUUUAUCAAAGAACAGUUAAAACAGUUACCUGAAGUUGACAAGAAAGAUAUAUUGGAAAAUAAUAAACUACCUGGACUCUCAUCAAUAUUAAUGUUAGAUGCUAUUAUAGCUAAAAUGCAGGUGGCAUUAGAUAAUACAUUUAGUAAGUCUGAAAGUGAUUUACAUAAAGUGAUGGAUAUAGCCCAAGAUCUGAUACCAGCUACAUUUAAAUUGAUUGAAGCUUAUUAUGUUUAUGUGAGAUCAUGUGUAUUAGAUGAAAUUGCCGGUGUGGACUCCGCUAAUUUGACUAAAUACAAACUGAAGGCUUUUGGCACUGUGAUGAGUAUUGGAUCAAAUAGAAAUUCAAAGGUUUUAGCAUUAGGUAGCAGUUUAAUGACUAUGACACCAAGUCCUGUUCGCACUACCAUUGAAAAAUGGAACAAUAACAGUGGCAAUGAAUUUCCAGCCAUGCAGGCAUGGAGAAAUCCAGCUAAUUACGGUAAUGAUAUUCUACCAUGUGAAAGUUAUAUGGAUGCUAUACAUAGUGCUCAUAUGGUCUCUUUAUCAGGACAAUCAAGUUUUUGUAUAAAUGCUUCAAUACGACAUCUACUGCAGUCUUUAGUUAGGUUUGCCAAUGAUCUGGUUGAAUGGUGUCCAGACAGUGCUAGUAGUCGGGAGUUAGUGAGAGUUAUGUUUCCUUUAUUAUAUGAUGUGACGACAGAAUACCUAGCAGAAAUGGUAUCUUUCUCUCUAGAGAAGUUUUUAGGACCUGUAGAAGAAGAGAAGUUUGGUUUAAAUAUGUAUCAGCAUGUUAUUGGUGUAUGUAAUGAUUUAAUAGAGAAUUAUUCUGAUACUGACAGUGGACUAGAUGAAAAUAUUCUACUUGAAUGUUUGAAGUUUAUGGAAAGUAAUAUUGAGAAAUCACCAGGAAAGAAGGCUAUUGAAAUGUGCUAUAGCUCAACAUCAGAUUUAACUACUGUAUUCCUGACUAUUGCAAGAACCAAUUUAUCUCCCAAGUUUGCAACUGAAGUACUAAAAUUUUUCAAUAAAAUCUAUCGACUAGCUGAGAGAAAUCCUAAUGAUAAAAGUUAUGGAGCAUUGUGUAACUGUUUUCUAAGUUUAAACACAGCCGAUCAAACUUUACUUCAUUCAUUGCUGAAGAAAAUCUUUACCAAUCCUUCUUCAGAGGAAAGCGAUGAAGAGAGUAAUGUUAAAGAAAAUCGUCAGCUCCUUCAAACUUUAUCUAUGUACCUAGUCAAAGAUAAAAGACCUGCAAGUGAUACUGUAGCAGAUACGAUAUUAAAUGCUCUGUUACCGAUGUGUGAACCUCUACUCACCAAAUCUGAUAAACUAAAUACCUUCUCAGACUUAAUGGCUGUCAUGCAUACAUUAGCUGGUACUGGACAGGGCAGAGGUCAUCUGAAAUUAUUUAAAGAAGCAACCAAGUGGCUGGAUAUAUGCAAGGUAUAUUUAUCAAAGAAAGAUGUUCUUGAAAAAGUUUUGAAAAAUGAUUCAUCAGAAGAAGGAAUACUGGAAACAUUAUGUUGUAUAUUAAGCUACGUGGGUCAAAUACUAUCAGCUUUAAAAAAGUCUUCUGACAGAAUUGGAGCUACCACACCACCUCUUGAUGGAGAUCAAAUACUCUUACAGGAGAGAGAUAAUGAUUGGGAUGAUGAGAUGACUCAAGAUGAUAAUGAAUCGGCAGGAGAAGAUUCUGAUGAAGAGACAUUAAACAACAAAUUAUGUACCUUUACUGUAACACAGAAAGAAUUUAUGAAUCAACAUUGGUAUCAUUGUCAUACAUGUAAAAUGGUAGAUGGUGUUGGUGUGUGUACUAUAUGUGCCCGGGUUUGUCACAAAGAUCACGAUCUCACUUAUGCUAAAUUUGGUUCUUUUUUCUGUGAUUGUGGAGCUAAAGAUGAUGGAACUUGUAAGGCAUUGGUUAAAAGAACACACCAAAGUGGAUUGGAUUGUUCUUCUAAUGUAGCGGCUCAGUCACCUUUCUCUAUGGAAACCCUCCAUCCUAGUUCACUACGUCGCCGUCUGUCUUCACCCAAUCCAGAAAAUAAACCAGAUGAGACAAAGUCAGCAGAGGAAGUUAACAAGACACGAGAAGCUCUCUGUCAAAAAAUAGAAAACCUCCGAGAUGAAUUUAUAAAUCAUGUGGAAUCAUCUAAUACAGUACAUGCUGUUUUAGAUAUGUUAGAGAGAAUUUUACCGCCAUUAACAGAAAACUAUCAAGAUGUAUCACCAAUAGGAAGUACAGCUAGAGCCCAGAAAGCUUUACAAAAUCUACAUGAUAUAGCUAAUAAAACACUUAUAUCAACUGAUCAACUUAUGACUGUCACUCUAGGAUCUCAAGAAGGAGCUUUUGAAAAUGUUAGAAUGAACUACAGUGGUGAUCAGGGUCAAACCAUGCGUCAGUUAAUCACAGCCCAUAUGUUACGUCGGGUUGCUAUGUGUGUUUUAUCAUCCCCACAUGGUAAACGUCAACAUCUAGCAGUUAGCCAUGAGAAGGGUAAAAUCACCAUAUUACAACUUUCGGCACUGUUAAAACAAGCGGACUCGAGCAAGAAAAAGUUGACUCUCACGAGAUUGUAUUCAGCACCUAUACCAUUUACUGUACUAUCUAUAACUGGUAAUCCUUGUAAUGAAGAUUUUCUGGCAGUUUGUGGUUUAAAAGAUUGUCAUGUUUUAACUUUUACUGGUGUUGGUACAGUCGGAGAUCAUCUAGUAUUACAUCCUUCAUUAGCUACAGGAAACUUUAUUAUAAAGGCUCUCUGGUUACCAGGUUCACAGACUGAAUUAGCGAUUGUAACAGCCGAUUUUGUAAAGAUAUAUGAUUUAGGAGUAGAUGCGUUAAGCCCUCAGUAUUAUUUUCUGCUACCGAGUGGUAAAGUCCGAGAUGCAUCCUUUAUAUUUUCUGAAGAAGGUCGUUAUAUGGUAUUGAUGUCAUCAUCAGGCUAUAUAUAUACACAGAUAAUGGAAGAUGCUAGUAGUGCCGUACAUGGUCCAUUUUAUAUAACUAAUGUAUUAGAGGUUAAACAUCCUGAUUUAAAGGAAGUAGUAUCAAACCAGGUAGCUGGUGGUGGUGUAUCAGUUUACUAUUCACAUGCUUUACAAUUACUCUUCUUUAGUUAUACACAAGGAAAGAGUUUUGUUGCACCAGUUGCUAAAGAUUUUAGUCAGGUGAUAAAUAUAUCACCUAUUCCAUUUAAAAGUAGUAAUGGUGGAGGAAAAGGAGGCAAUAACCAUCAACCUCUAGUACAAUGGUCUGAAGUUCCUGGACAUACAGGGCUAUUAUAUUGUAUGGCCCAAACAUCCAAUAACCCUGUUGUACUCAUGGUGAAACCAGAAUCUAUAUCCAUGCAAGAAAUUAAAGUUCUUCCUGCUAAAGCUAAGAUACAGGAUGUAGUGGCUAUACGUCAUAUUGCCUCAAACUCUGAUCAGCAAAGAACGACAAUGAUAUUACUAUGUGAAGAUGGUAGUUUAAGAAUUUAUAUGGCGAAUGUUGAUAAUACCAACUAUUGGUUAUCACCAUAUUUACAACCACAGAGUCCCAUAGCCAUAUUAAAACCUGCAAAAAAGAAAAAGGUGGCUAAAUCAGGACGUCCAUCAGCUAUCGUCAAUUUCCCUGUCGAUUUCUUUGAACAUUGUCAACAAUCUAAUGAUGUUGAGUUUGGAGGAAAUGAUGUUCUGCAGAUUUAUAAUGUUCAACAAGUUAAACAUAGGUUAAAUACAACUGGAAUGUAUAUAGCUAGUACUAAACCUGCUGGUUUUACUAUAGAAAUAACCAAUAGCAAUAAUACUAAUGUCAUGGUGGGAGCUAGAGUACUAGUUGGAACACAAACACCUGAAAGAUCACCAUCUUUUAUUGAAGUUUUUGGUAGAAAUAUUCAGGUGAACUCGACACGACCACGCUGGUUUGAUAUGCCAUUUACAAGAGAGGAAUCCCUUACUGCUGAUAAAAAAAUGAACAUCACAUUUGGAGCAAGUAUAGAUCCAGCAGGAUUUACAAUGGUAGACUCUAUCAAGAUUUAUACCAAAACUAAAGAAGUAUUUGGUUGGCCAGAAGAACCAGAUGAGUUUCCUGAAGGUAGUACACCAGUAAAAACACCAACAACUGCUAUAACUGUUACUAAUCCUACUACAGAUACACUACCUACAGAACCAUUACCUAUAACUACAGCUGACAAGUUACUUGGAAGUGCUUUAGAGGUACUAGAUGGAGCAUUUGCCACUACCAAGACAGUGGAAGAAAAGGAUCCAAGCAGAGAAAAGGCUUUAGAAGUAGCUACAAGUUUGUUGACAUUACCAACGCCCAACACAGUUCAACAAAACACUAAAUCAUUAUUAUCUUCAUUAUUCUCUAAUAAACAAAAUUAUCAUAAUCAUAAGGAUCAAGCCCAACUAGUGCAUGUAAUGCAGAAAUUAAGUAAAGAAGGAACAGAUAUGGAUGUAGAAUCAUUUCAGAGAUUAGUUGUAACAGCUCAAUCUGUAGCUGUAUCUCGAGCUGGAAAUCUGAUUAAAUUUGCUGAGAAAGGAGAUAAACUAACUGGUGAAAAUUUAGAAGUGACAGAUCUAGACAGUGAGAAAGAAGAGAAACUUGGUCGUGUAUUAAACAUUGAACAAACAGAAAAACAUCAUUUUACAUCACGAUUAAUAGAAGCUUUCUGGAAACUACACGCUGCUAAACCAGCGAAUCCUAUGUUAGCACCAGUCUGUCUACCAGGAUUGGCCCAUAUAGAUGCUACUGUUGCCGCUUUAGUCAAGAUUAUCCACGCCUUUACAAUGUGUGAUUUGGACUGUCUUAACUUAGCUACUAAACAUUAUGUCAAACUUUUAUUAUCAACUGACCCUGUUGUUAGUUUUGCUUGUCGUCAAGCAAUGAUAAAUGUCUUACGACCUAGACAUCGCAGACGCCGUGUGUUUAUACCAUCACCCCCAAGAUGUAGUUCACCAGGUGAUGGAGGUGAUGACGAUGAUGAUGAAGAUGAUGAUGAUAGUCCAGGUAAAGGUGACACACCAGAUACACCUAUGACAGAACAACCAGAAUUAGGACAUGUAGAACCACCAGAAAUUGAUCCAGAGUCGGAUGAAAUGUAUGAAGUUGUGGAUAAUAAUGAGGAGGUACAAGCAGAGGCUAAUGUGAAUGGAGCACAUGGUAAUGCUAUGCCUGUAGGAUAUGAUGGUUUAUGGGGUAUGGAUGGUAAUUAUGCUCCUAUGGUUGAGAUACCACCUGAUGCUGAUGAUGAAGCUAUGGUUGAACUAGCCAUAGCACUUAGUUUACAAGAUCAGUCUGGUAAUGCACCAGGAGAACUCAACCUUCAAGCUCUAAGUUUAGAUAGCCAGGGUCAGAGUAUAUCAUCUAUGGAGUUAGAAGAAGGACCAUUAUCAGAUACUACGGCCUCAGCACCAGGUAGUGAUGAUGAGAUAGGUAGUAAUGCUGCAACAGAUGGUUCUAAUCUACGGACAUCACCGGCAGAACAUGGUGGUAGUGCUGGUUCCGAAAGUGGUGGCAGUGCUGUUGACUCUAUCUCAGUAAGUGGCAGAAGUAGUGCGUAUGGUUAUAAUACACAUACAACAGGUGCUAGAAGUGAAACGAGUAGUGUUGGUGGACCUAGUGGUUCUCUACAUCAUGAAGGUGAUUUAUCAGAAGCAGACACAGAUUAUGAUACUAACUGCAGAUUACAUGCACUACGUCUACAACUAUUAGAAAGAUUAUUACAGUAUUUACCUGACAUAAGAGACGUUGGUGGAGUUAGAGCUAUACCAUUCAUGCAGGUGGUAUUAAUGUUGACAUCAGACCUGGAUAGUGAAGAUGAUAAAGAUAAAGCGGCAUUAGAUAAUCUAUUAACUGUUAUAUUAGCCGAGUUAGAUUUUAAAAAUCUGAAGGUGAUACAGGUAUCAUCAAGAGGGGAGAGAAAUGAAGUCAAGUUGAUAUUACUGAGAUUAUUGAGUGUGUUGUUAUCAAGAACCAGAGCUGGUACUAAACCAUCUAAUGAAACUUCAUCAUUUACCAGUAAUUGUACUGGUACAGCUCUGUUAUCUAGUGGAGCAAUAGAAUACUGUUUAUCCAUUCUUACUAAAUUAUUACCAUUCUGGAAAACAAACACCAUUCUAGAGGAGGAAGUAGGUACUUCUCCAGGGCAGCUAUUAAAACCACACCCAUGUUUUCCUCCACCAGACAUGUCUCCGUUCUUCUUACGACAAUAUGUUAAAGGUCAUGCUAAUGAUGUCUUUGAAGACUAUCCGCAACUGCUAACAGAAAUGGUUCUUAGACUACCAUAUCAAUUAAAGAAAAUAUCUGAUUCUGAUCAAAGAGUUCCUAAUGCUGUGUUUGAUCCCAGUUGGAAUACUGUACUAUCAGAGUAUAUGAUGACCCAUCAGACACCCUUUGUAAAAAGACAAGUGAGAAAGUUAUUACUGUUUAUUUGUGGAAGUAAAGAUAAAUAUAGACAGUUACGAGAUCAACAUGCUAUAGGUUCUCAUCUUAAAGCUGUUGUAGAGAUAUGUGAGAAAGGUGGAUUAGAUACUACUACAGAUAUUAUACCUAGAAGUGUUAUACUGCCAUAUGAUACCCUUUUAACAUUGAUUGAGCACUUGAAAAAAGUAUGUAGUGAAAUUGCCUCUAAUAGAGCCUAUAAUUGGCAGAUAUACUGUGAAAAGGAACAAGAUACUGUAGCGUUUUUGGUGAAAGCUAGUAUAGCAUUAGAUGAAGGUGUAGCCCCUACACUACUACAGUUAUUACAAAUAGCACUGUGUGGAUCUAAAGCUAAUCAUGUUAAUCCCUCUAUAGUAACAUCUAGUAGUUCUACAGGUUCACCAGUUAAACAUAAAACUAAAGACAAGGAUAAACAUGAUGAUGGAGAAGAGAGUUAUAAAUAUGAUGAAGGAUUGUGUAUUAGAUUGGUUAAACUGUUUAAUAAAGUUCUAGAUGAGAAAUUAUUUGUCAAGUUUGUGAGAACAUUCUUAUUAGAAUCUAAUCAAAGUAGUAAUAGAUGGUUAGCACAUAGUCUAGUACUACAGUUAUACAGAAAUUCUAGCCUGGCUGUACAAGAGAGUAUGUUGAAUCUGAUGUGGGGAUUAUGGUCUGAGUUACCUAUAUAUGGACGUAAAGCAGCUCAGUUUGUUGAUCUGUUGGGAUUCUUCCUUCUUAAAACACCAGAAAUAUCUGAAGCUAAGGUACAAGAAUAUUUGAUGAAAGCUACAUCUGUAUUAAAAGAAGAAAACCACAUAUUAACAAAUCAUCCUAAUGCUCCUAUUUACAAUAUGUUACAAGGACUAGUAGAUUUUGAUGGUUAUUAUUUAGAGAGUGAUCCAUGUUUAGUAUGUAAUAAUCCAGAGGUUUCAUACACUAGCCUCAAGUUAUCAGCUAUUAAAGUAGAUUCAAAAUUUACCACAACAACUCAAAUUGUUAAACUAGUCGGUAGUCAUACUAUAUCUAAAAUAGCUCUACGUAUUAGUGACUUAAAACGUACCAAAAUGGUACGAGUGAUGAAUAUCUACUAUAAUAAUAGAACUGUACAGGCUGUUGUUGAACUUAAAAACAGACCAGGAUUGUGGCAUAAAGCAAGAAAGGUAACUCUAACAACGGGACAGACAGAUGUAAAGGUUGAGUUUCCUAUACCUAUAGUAGCUUGUAAUCUGAUGAUAGAAUAUGCUGAUUUCUAUGAUAAUCUACAAGCUACAUCAGAAACAUUACAAUGUCCACGAUGUAGUGCCUCGGUACCAGCUAAUCCUGGAGUAUGUAGCAACUGUGGAGAAAAUGUCUACCAAUGUCAUAAGUGCAGAGCUAUUAACUAUGAUGAGAAGGAUCCUUUCUUGUGUAAUGCAUGUGGUUUCUGUAAAUAUGCUAAGUUUGAUUUUAAUCUGACGGCUAAACCUUGCUGUGCAGUUGACCCAAUAGAAAAUGAAGAUGAUCGGAAAAAGGCUAUAACAACGAUAAAUACUCUGCUAGAGAAAGCUGAUAGAAUAUAUAAACAACUACAAUCACAUCGUCCAGUACUAGAAAAUCUACUCAUACAAGUUACAGAACAUGGUUGUGAAAGACUUAUGGAUGAUGUAGGUACAAUAGCAAGUGGAACCGGUGUACCAGCUAGUAAUGUUAAUAAAGCUAUACAACAUCUAGCACAGAAAUACUGUGGAGAAUGUAAAUCAUCAUUUGAUGAACUCAGUAAAAUAAUACAGAAAGUGAUGGCAUGUCGUAGAGAACUGGUAGAAUAUGACAGACAACAGAGAGAAGCUGUAGCAUCUAAAGGUCAAGCACCAGGAACAUCAGUGAAAUCUAAAGAAACACAAGCUCAAGUUGUCCCCAAGAAAAUCCUCAAGGAAGGACCAAAAUCAUCUAACUGUUAUGGAUGUGCUAAUGCUGCUGUAGAACAUUGUAUAACUUUACUUAGAGCUCUGGUUACCAAUGGUAACAUGAGACAUAUUCUUUGCAGUCAGGGAAUGAUUCAACAAUUAAUUGACUUUAAUCUAAGACAUGGAGCUCUACCAGUGAGAAAUGAAGUACGAUCUUUACUAUGUCUGCUAACUAAAGAUGACAGACGCAGUACUGAAGAGAUGAAUAAACUUAUCAUGAAUAGAAUUAAAGCAGCCAUUAGAGGACAUCAGUCAAAUCCAGAUCUGGGAUCGUCAGUACGUCACGAGAUAUUAUUAUUAUCAACAUCACUACAACAAGAUGAUAUUUGUUGGGAACAAAGAGUUAGAUGUGUGAUGAGACUGUUUCUGAUAGGAAUGCAUCUACAUAGCCCUAUUAUAAUGGAUAAUAUAACUCUACCAUGUCUCCGUAUUCUACAAGGUUUAGUUAAACAAGAUACUUCUCAAAAGAAGGCUAAGGAUUCUGGAAGUGAUGGUGGAACAGAGAAUUUGUUACCAGCUAAAUUCCACAUGGAUGUAAGAAAAUGGCUGGCCGGUGAUGUCAGAUAUUCCUACCAAAACUUUAAGAAACAUUUGCCAAGAAAAGUUUCAGUAGAAGAAGAAAAGAAAAGUGAAGAAAAGAAGGAGAUAAGAAAGAGAUAUUUGAUUGAGAAAUAUGGUACAAGAUGGCGACAGAAGAUGUGGAAGACACCUGCUAUACCGCUGAAACUGACACAAUCAACAUGGCUGCAACAAGCAAUGUUUUCACCAAGUUCCCGUUCAGCACGACAAACUGCUUGUAGUAUUAUAGAAGCUAUUGCACAAGUACCAAGCAGACGGAAAGAGGUCAUUGACAUGUUGACAAGAUAUUUAGAUGAUGUUGGUAAAAGUGGUGAAAGUGCUUGUGAGUUUUUAUCUCUAUAUAAGAAAUUGAUCGGACCUGAUCACUGGAAAUAUUACCUAGCUAUUAAAGGUGUUCUACUGCAUCUUGGAGAUCUUGUUUCUAAGGAAGUAGAUAAGAUAUUACUUCUAGAAGAUACAACUCUAAGUUCAGAUUUAGCUCAAGGUUUUGCUCUUAAAUCUCUCACAGAGUUAAUGUCCUUGUUUGUAGAACAGGAUAGUUUAAAACAUCAUUAUAAGAAUAAAUUAGUUGGUUAUAUAUUAAAUGGUUAUCUUUCAUUGAGAAAACUGGUAGUACAGAGAACUAAACUAAUUGAUGAAACACAGGAAAAACUCUUAGAAUUGUUAGAAGAAUUAACAACAGGUACUGAUUGUGAAACUAAAGAGUUUAUGUCUGUAUGUGUUAAAACAGUGGAGAAAUAUCCAAUGGAAGACAGUCGAUCACCUGUAUUUAUAUUUGAGAGAUUGUGUAGUAUUAUUUAUCCUGAAGAGAAUGAUGUUGGUGAAUUUUUCCUAAUAUUAGAGAAAGAUCCACAACAGGAAGAUUUUCUACAAGGUAGAAUGUUGGGUAAUCCAUACAGUACAAAUGAACCAGGACUAGGUCCACUAAUGAGAGAUAUCAAAAACAAAAUUUGUCAAGAUUGUGAAUUGAUUGCCUUAUUAGAUGAUGACACAGGAAUGGAGUUAUUGGUUAAUAAGAAAAUCAUAAGUCUAGAUUUACCAGUGAAAGAAGUAUACAAAAAGAUAUGGCUACCAGAUCAUGGAGAGGGAGAACCAAUGCCUAUAAUAUAUCGCAUGAGAGGUCUUCUAGGAGAUGCAACAGAAGAUAUGGUUAACUCACUUGUGUCUAGUUCAGAAGAAGAUAUUGAUAAGGAGGAAGUUUUUAAGAUGGCUGCCGUUUUAGCUGAAUGUGGAGGACUAAAGGUCAUGCUAGAAAGAAUGGCGUCUAUAAAAGAUCUAGUAUUAGGUAAACAACUGAUGGAAGUUCUGUUGAAGUUAUUUGGUUAUGCUGUAAAUGUAAAGGCUAACAGACAGGAAUUAAUAAAAACAGAAUUAGAUGGAAUCAAUAUCAUGUUAGGAGCACUAAAUCUCGCAUUAUGGUCAGAACAAGAGGGGGCUUCAAGUGCAACGAAAGGUCAAACUACAACUGAACAGAUACUACAUAUAAUGGAGGUCAUCUUAUUAGAAGCUAGUCAACAACCUCCUGAGAAAUAUACGGAGUUUUCCAAGUUAUGUGGUGAUAAGGAUCAGUUGAUGAUAUUAUUAGAUAGAAUUAACAGUAGUUUUGUGAGAAAUAAUAUCAACGUUCUACAAGCUCUGAUGAGACUGAUACCAUUCUUAGCAUUUGGUGAAGAGGACAAGAUGACUGCUUUACUAAAUCAUUUUAAACCCUAUAUGCGCUUCAAUAAGUUUGAUACUGAACAUACUCAAGAUGAAGAAGUUCAUUUAGACAGUUUCUGUGUUAUAGCUUCUGGUAUUGAGAAUAAUGCUAAUGGAAGUCGUUUAAAAGAUAUGAUAAUAGAACAGGGUAUCGUACUGUCAUGUGUGGAGUAUAUACUAGAACAUUCUCCAGCUAUCAAAACAUUACUAGCAACUGAUUCUGAAGUAUGGAAAGAGUUUUUAACCAAACCUGCUUUAGGUUAUAUCUUGCGAAUAUUGACUGGUCUUUGUCCGGGACAUAAACCAACACAAGGAUUGAUAGCACAGAAGUGUAUACCUAUUUUACAUAAAAUGGAACAAGUAUCAUCUGAUAAACAUAUUGGUACACUAGCUGAAAAUCUCCUUGAUGCUCUUAAAGAGAAUGAAGAAGCAGCUAAAAAGAUUGAAGAUAUAAGAAAACAGACAAAGGCAGAGAAGAAAAGGUUAGCCAUGGCAGUUAGAAAGAAACAGUUAGGAGCUCUGGGAAUGACUACUAAUGAAAAAGGUCAAGUAACAGUAAAGAGUAAUGUACUAAAACAGAUGGAAGAAUUAAAGGAAGAAACAGGUUUAACCUGUUGUAUCUGUAGAGAGGGUUAUAGAUAUCAAGCACAAAAGGUUCUAGCAGUAUAUACCUACACUAAACGCUGUAAUCUGGAUGAUUUUGAGAAUAAACCUAGAAAAACUGUUGGAUAUACAACCGUAUCCCAUUUUAACGUUAUUCAUGUUGAUUGUCAUAAUGCUGCUGUCAGACAUGCUAGAGGUAGAGAAGAAUGGGAAAGUGCUGCUUUACAGAAUGCUAAUACUAAAUGUAAUGGAUUAUUACCAAUGUGGGGACCUCAAGUACAAGAAUCAGUGUUUGCUAGUUGUCUUGCCAGACAUAACAACUAUCUACAAGAAUGUACUGGUGUACGUGAUCCUAGUUACCCAUUUACAGUACAUGAUUUAAAACUACUAUUACUAAGGUUCGCUAAUGAGAAGUUAUUUAGUGAGGAUAGUGGAGGUGGUGGUCGACAGAGUAACAUGCAUCUUAUUCCUUAUAUGUUACAUAUGGCUCUGUAUGUUAUUAAUAGUACAAGGUUUACUAGUAGAGAAGAGAAGAAUAUUGGUAAUUACCUUGAUUUACCCAAAGAUAAAUGGAUUGAAAAUUGUUUUGAGACAGAGGGUCCAUUGUACUAUCCAGUUCUAGCUAUGUUAAUCUUUACUUCUGAUAAAUGGAUGGAGAAUAGAAUGAAGUUCCUGGAACAUCUAGUAAUAGCAUCACAUGUUAGAACAGUUUGUUCUAUUGGCGCCAAAAGUAUACCAGAUUCCAGUAAAACAUUGAAGGAAUAUUCAGUCUAUAAACCAGUUAUAAUAUUCUUUGGACUUAUUAAUAGUUUAUUCCUGAAACUAUUUAAGAAAGUAACUGUACCACCAGAUGGAACAUGGAGUAAUAGUCUUGCUGAUUAUUUAAGAUUUAAUGAUAAGAUUGUAUUAGAGACAUGUGAUCGUGUUUUAGCUAUUUAUCAAGAGGAGAUCAUACCUUGUGAAUCUAUCACAGAAUUCUUUGAUGUUAUGGGAUUGCUGGAAGAUGUAUCAAACCCAGAGGCUCAUUUCACUUCUUUAUUAGCUUCACUACCUUAAAUUGUAUACCUUGCUUAUUGAAUAACUAUUAUUUAUUAGCUUCACUACCUUAAACUAUACUUUGCUUAUUAAAUAACUAGUGUUUAUUAAUUAGUGUCAUGAUUUAUUGUAAAAUGUCUUAAUUAUGUACAUCACUGUCAUUUCAAAAAAAAAAUAAUUUAAAUUUUGGAUUAAUUGAAACAUUAUUCUUAGGACUUGGGACAUAUUUCUGAAAUAUCCCACUUUGAUAUCAUCAUGAUCCAAGAUAUUGUAGUCAUUUAUACUGAUAGUGACAACUUGGAAUUAUAAAAAUUUAUUUUGGGGCAAACUAACAUUUAGAUUAAUAAGAAAGUAAUAGUGUAGCCACUGAAUAUAUGUUUUCAGUUAGUAUUACCUAUGUUUAUAGGUCCGUGUUGAGUUUCAUCUCAGAUAAAAAGAGAUAUAAUGGUUUAUUUUGUGAAUAAGUUUGUUUGCACUAAAUGUAUAAUAUGUCAAGUUUUACUAUAUUUCAAUAUUGGCUUAAAGAAAAGUUUGCUAUUUUUCGGUUUGAUCAGGUAAUAGUAUGGGUAAAAUUAUUAUUAAUUAAAAGUGUCUAAUUUCUAUCAAAUCUGGAUAAAAAGAAUUACAUGUAUCUAAAUUUUAGUAUUGAUUUUCUUUUGUAAUUUAUGAUUUGAAAUAGGAUGUGCAAGUCACAUUAAAAAUUCUAUAUCAAUACUUUUACAAUAUUUAUUAUUAUUUUUUAAUUUUUGAAAACUAAUUCUUUUUUCUUUGACUAAAAUGAUGACAUGUAUAAAAGAUUAUGCAAGGUCAUGUAAUAAUUUAUUUAUAGAUUGUUCUUCUCACCUAUUAUUUGCUUUAUUCACCUUGGUCUGAUAAAUAUAUAUUGAUUGGUAUACCAAUAUAAACUAUGAUCGAUGUUGUUAAAUAAGACUAAACUGCUUUCAAUGGUA